AUGGACUCGCAGCUUCCCGCUUCAGCACCCGCCGACAGUCAUGCUGUACAAGCCUCAGUUCGCACACACUCGCGCAUCUAUGCUAUGCAGGUCCGUGCCUUCCUCGAGGCGUCCGAGGUCGUCGACGCGGACCCAGACAUCAUUGAGGACAUCUUAGACGGCUUCGACGAAGAGUCUCUCUGCGCGGAAGACGGCCUUGAAGACACUGGUAUCGACGCUCAAGACACGGCAAGCGGUGUCCUGAACGGAGUUAGUGCGGUAGAUGAGUACAUGGCGCUUUUGGAGGAAGCCGAGACGUCCUGGAGCAAGGAAGAAGUAAAGCAGAUGAUGAGGGAUCUCAAGGAGCACGGAAUGGCUCACUUCCUCAAUGACUACGUCAUAAUACGCGCGCUGCCCAUUCCGAAGCUAUUGUAUGCAUUUGGCGUAUGCUUAUGCCCUGAACUCCGCAUCAAGCAACGCAAAACAUUGUUGUAUUUCCUAGAAGUGGCCAUGUAUCAAGUGCUGCAAAAGCGCGAGAAACUACCCAUGUACAACACCAUCGAUGACGCUGUCGACUUGAUCAAGAAGUCGUGCCACAUAAUGAUUCUUACUGGUGCCGGCAUCAGUGUGUCCUGUGGGAUCCCAGAUUUCCGUUCUCGGAAUGGGUUGUACGCCCAACUUCAGGAAAGGGGCGAGUAUGAUCUUGACGAUCCUCAACAAAUGUUUGAUAUCCACUACUUUCGGGAGAAGCCAUCUGUUUUUUAUUCAUUUGCUAGUCAAAUAUACCCAUCGAACUUUAUACCCUCACCAUGCCAUCGAUUUAUCAAGCUUAUAGAAGAGAAGGGCAAACUACUCAGAAACUACACACAAAACAUCGAUACCCUAGAAACGCGCGCAGGCGUACAGAACGUCCUACAAUGUCACGGCUCAUUCGCAACGGCAAGCUGUAUCGACUGUAAGGUCACCGUGCCCGGCAACGUCAUUGAAUCGGAUAUCAUGAACCACACCAUACCGGUUUGCAGGUUGUGCUCUUCUGUACCGACACCAGCCCCCGCCCCAAAAGCCAAAAAGAAGGGCAAAAAGAAGAAUCUUCGGCCCUGGGAAAGUGACGGUGAAGAGGAGCCUGAUGUACCUGAGUUCCCGCCCGGUAUUAUGAAGCCGGAUAUCACUUUCUUCGGCGAGAAACUCACGGACGCCUUCGAAAAAGCUCUGAUAGAGGACCGGCCAAAGGUUGAUCUAUUGCUUGUAAUCGGGACUUCGCUCAAGGUGUCGCCGGUCUCCGAGAUUUUGACCCACCUGAGACAUUCGGUUCCUCAGAUACUUAUCAAUAAGACACCAGUCCGACAUAUCAAUCCUGAUAUUGUCUUGUUGGGCAAUGCAGACGAGAUCGUCCAGCACUUGUGUCAGAAGCUCGACUGGGAUCUCCCAAAUCUCCAGUCGUUCACCAAUGGCAACCAGCUGGAUGCACCGCGGCCCAACUUCCGGAAACGCCCCUCGGAUCCGUUGAUGAGAGGGCCAAAGCGAGUAUGCAACAGUCAUGCGUGGCUCUUCGAAGGCGCCGAGGGCGGGAAGUGGGUCGAGGAGAUCGAGAAGAAGGCUGUGAGCCGGCAAGUGAGCGCGUCAGACACAGAGGGCGCCGCGGGUUCCGGAAGUAGCGACGACGAUGACGGGUAUAGCAACCUCCUGCCGCCCACUGUGAAGAGGGCGCGCACCGCCUAAACGAAGGAUGCCUUUCGCCCGGGGUGGCUCCCACGGAGAGCGUGUCAUCGCCGUAGGCGGAGGCGAAAAGCAUUCUUCGAGGCGCGCGACUGUGUGUCGAGGUAGUCUUCGUAGAAGCCGACGACGAAUUCCUCCGCUUUAAAGCCGAAGCGGUUAUAUAGGAGCUGUACACCGCGCUGAUUAGCCAAGGACAACUGAUAGCCAAGACGCGAUGCAGCGCGCACCAUUGCAGGAUUGUUUAUAGAUACAUGUAGAGUAAUAUCUCUAUGCGGAUUUAGUGUUAUGAGAUGAUAUAGCAUCGAUGUGGCUAUCUGUGAGUUAUCCCAGCCUGUUCGGACGACAAGAUAGUUGAUGUACGUCUCGACGGGGGAGCUAAUGAGAGCGACGCCAACGACGACCUUCUUGUACAUGGCGAUAACGGUGCACUUUUCAGGCGAGUACAGCAGGGAGUCGCUGACUUCA